AUGGAGUCUCAAAACGCAGAACGUCGGUGGACAGGUGAAAACCAAAAUGAAGAAGAAUCAAACUCUCAAGCCAAUAGGCAAGACAGAACCUCAGGAGAAGAUUCCAGUAAGGUGAAGAAUGAGCUCCACAACAUGAGAAAGGAGGUGGACAAACUAAAAAAUGCCAUGAAGGACAAAGGCGGAGAGAAUUUGGAUGGGAUGAUUCGACGGACGGACUUGCCAUUCACCAAUGAAGUGCUAAAUCGUCCCCUCCUACCAAAAUUCUGUCUCCCACAAUUGGAGUCAUAUGACAGUUCCAAGUAUCCCUUAGACCACAUCAAAUCAUUCAAGAAGCUAAUGUUGUUGCAGAUGACCCCAGACGAAGUGAUGUGUAGGGCAUUCCCAACAACACUGAAAGGAGCAGCCAAAGUAUGGUUUAGCAAAAUACCCCCAAGAACUAUUGCAGACUUCGAACAACUCAGCAAGGGUUUUGAACUGCUGCAAGUAGAUGAAGCUGAAGAUCAAGUCAUCUUAACCACCUUCCAAGUAGGGUUGCUGCCAGUAGAUUUCUUCUUCUCAAUCACUAAAAGUCCACCAAAAACAGUUGUGAAGUUGCUCCGCAAGGCUCAGAAGUAUAUGAAUGCAAAAUAUGCGGUGCUCACAAAGGAAAUGAAGGGAAAGAGGAAGAGAGACAAAGGAACAAGCAGUAAUUGCGAUAAGAAGAAGGAGACACGAAGUGUUGGGCAUGCCACAAGGAAAAAGAAGGAGCUUCUAGACAGGAAACCCGAGUUCACCAACUUCACUCCUCUAAUAAUGCUAAUUGAGCAGGUACCAACAAAGGGACGACCAGGACAAAACUCUGGAGAUAGGGGAUACCAAACCCCCUGCAGGAGAAAUAAAGACGAUCUCGGGAGGACUAGUAGCAGGUGGAACGUUGAAGCCUUGAAGAAGGCACUGGGAAGGGAAAUAAACAGCGUCCAUUCACGUCUCCUUCCAAUGAAGAUGCCAAAGAAUGACGAGCCUGAUAUUGUCUUCUCAGAGAGAGACGAUCGUAGCAUCAGGCAACCCUAUGAUGAUCCACUAGUAAUCAUGCUCAGAGUGGAAGAAUUUAACAUCCAUCAAGUGCUCAUUGACAACGGAAGCUCAGCAGAUAUCAUCUACUUGCCCGCAUUUCAGCAGAUAAAGCUGGAUAAGAAAAGGAUUAGGCCUUUUACCUCGCCUCUAGUAAGCUUUACAGGGGAUAGAAUCGUCCCUAGAGGCAUCGUCACUCUAAUUGUGAUCGCAAGAACUUACUUAGCACAGGUCAACAAGGAAAUUGAUUUCCUCAUAUUUGAUUGCCCUUCAACAUACAACAUCAUCUUCGGAAGACCUGCACUCAACAGACUAAGAGCAGUGAUGUUAACAUAUCACUUGAAAGUGAAGUUUCCAAUAGCCCAUGGAGUAGGAGAAAUUAGAGGAGACCAAGUUCUGGCAAGAGAGUGCUAUUAA